AUGUGUCUAUCAGGAGUUGGCCAAAUUGUCUUUGGCAUCAUCAUGACAUCAUGCUUUAUUCUUACUUGUGUAGCAAUGUUUUCACCCAAUUGGCGCUCCUUCAGGGAUGACACAGAUGAUAAAAUGACAACCGGACUUUUCAAGUUUAACUGCAAAUUUCCGGGAACUAAUGAAAACGACUCAACAGAUCGUUGUGGAAAAGACUGGUGGAAGCAUCUUCACACAUGGGAAAAAGUAACGGUUGUUAUGAUGUGUUUGGCCCUAGCGACGGAGUUGCUGUGUCUUGCUUGGAAUCUCUUUGCGUGCUUUGCUUGCUGUUGCAAAGGGAUCGUAAUUCAUCCACUUACAUUCUUUGCCGUACUUGUCACUUUAUGGCUAGCGAUUGCAGUUAUCGUCUAUGGUGCAAACACUAAAGAUUCUUUAAAAGACAUUGAUUGGGGUGCUAAAGAUGCUCCAAAAACUGAAAUCGGAUAUUCAUUCUAUAUGGCUGUGGCUGCGUUAGUGUUAGCUUUGGUGGAUGUUGUUGUCGCAUCGGUGACCGUUUUCUUGGCUAAGAAAUGUUGC